UUCUAACAUGGCGGCCCCCAUAGAUGACAUGUUUUCUUUAUGCGCGGAUCCUGCAAAAACUAGUAAUUGCGUGGAAAUCCGAUUUAUCGAUAAUAUCAAGGGAAAAGGAUUAUUUGCCAAGAAAGCGUUUAAAAAGGGUGAUACCAUUUUUAUUGAGCAACCUCUUGUUGCAGCCCAGUUCUUGUGGAAUGCCUUUUACAAAUACAGAGCAUGUGAAUAUUGUCUCCGUGCUCUGGAGACAGCAGAAGAGAAUGCCAGAAGGUUAAGUGGUCUGCCAGCUCUCAGCUUGCCCCAUCCUGAGCUGUGUAAGGUCCGACCUGACCAACACAAGGCCUGUCCGCAAUGUCAGGUGAUGUACUGUAGUAAUGAGUGCCGACAAUCUGCAUGGGAUCAGUAUCACAAAGUCCUGUGCCUUGGCCCCUCCCAUGAUGACCCAGAGCAUCCAAUCAACCAGCUACAGGAAGCAUGGAGGAGUACGCACUAUCCUCCGGAAACCUCCAGUAUUAUGCUAAUGGCCAGGAUGGUGGCUACCGUCAAGCAGGCUAAAGAUAAGAAACACUGGCAAAGGCUCUUCUCUAAUUUCUGUAGCCGUACGGCCAAUGAAGAAGAGGAAAUAGUUCAUAAACUGUUAGGGGAAAAGUUUCAGGGUCAGCUGGCCUUGCUCCAUAAUCUGUUUACCACGGCUCUUCGUGAUGACGGUCUCAGUCAGUGGUUUACACCUGAGGGAUUUCGCUCGCUGUUUUCACUUGUUGGUACCAACGGACAGGGUAUUGGUACCAGUUCUCUCAGUCAGUGGGUUCAUGCAUGUGAUGCACUGGAGCUUCCCAGCCAGCAGAGGGCGCAACUAGAUGCUUUUAUUGACCAGCUGUACAAGGACAUUGACAAAGAAACUGGUGAUUUCCUCAACUGUGAUGGUUCAGGCCUGUUUUUGCUACAAAGCUCUUGUAACCACAGCUGUGUUCCCAAUGCAGAGGCAUCAUUUCCUGACAACAACUUCCUUCUUCACUUAAAUGCCCUAAGUGACAUUAGCCCUGGAGAGGAAAUCUGUAUCAGCUACCUGGACUGCUGCCAACGAGACCGGAGUCGUCAUAGCCGGCACAAGAUCUUGAGGGAGAAUUACUUAUUCAUCUGUUCCUGUCAGAAGUGCAUUGCCCAGAUAGAUGAUGCGGAUAUGACAUCAGACGAUGAAGAGGAAGUUGAAGGAGAGGGUGAGACCGAGGGAGACGACAUGGAGGAUGAAAUGACUGAUGUGUGAUUUCUGCUCAGGCUUUCUGCUUAAAGCCCACUCAGCCCAUCUCAGCUGUUUGUAUGUGGAUAUUUCCAACACUAUGAAAAAUGUCACCAUAUUUCCAAAACAUUGGAGAAACCAACAUCAAACUCACAGUAGCAGUGCAAUUGUUUGGCUGUUAUAACCUUAAUAUGCAAGCCUAUGCAAAAUAUAAUCGCAGAAUCUUUUUAUCAUGUGCUUUUUUUGGCAUGACUCUCCGUGGACAUGGUUUGAAAUGUAUCAUGCUCAACAAAAACUUUUUUGAAAUGGUGUUGUUAAAAUAGCAGAGCAUGCAAACACAUGCACACACACACACACGUGACAAAACAUAAAACUGUCUGUGUGUGCACUAAUGGGCCGUAUUAUAUAAAGACAUCCAAAAGAGAACAUAAGCUGUCCAUUUCAUCCACACAGUCAUCUGAUGCAAAGGUUAAAGUGACUAGCUUCGUAUUAUUUACAUACUUUUGUACCACACCAAUCUUGGCUCCACUUUUGGUAUAAAACAUCCAGUCUUUACAGUCCAAUUCAUUUCUAAUGGAUAAAAUCAAGCAGCGUAAAGUAGUUUGUUGAUUUUAAGGUACUCCAGAUAGUCUGAUGGUAAAAUCUGCACAAUGAGGUACUGUUGGCUUUGCCGUCAUGCUCUCAUCUCUGAUUUCCUGCAGUCGAUACACCUGCAGUUUGUCAUUGUAUAAAUUGUAUCGAAUCACGCCGCAGUCUGAAGUGCUCGGCUGAUGGCGAAUCUGGCAUCUUAACCGGCAAGCUGAUGAAUUUUGCCUAGCUAUAUUCUCCUUUUGAUGUCUAGCGAGGACAAUCUUGCAGAAGGUAUGAAAAUCCAGGCAAUCCCAUUUUAUACCUCUUGUCAUAAUCCUCCAGCUUUUAAUAUUCUCAUCCUCCCCGUUUAUGAAAUUCAUCUCGCAGCGUUCGUGCUCUUCUUUGCACGGAUGGUGUUAUUGACAAUUUAUACAUUUUUCUUAACCCAUCAGUCACAUCUGCCAAAUGAAUUAAUCAUUCAGUGGAGCAGACACUAAAUAAAGCGUAACCAGCAACCUUCCCCAAGCAAAACUACACAUAAUGACAGAUCAGUAGUUGUCUUACUUUGAAGAUGAUAAGCUUAUCUGACGUCAACUCCUGAUGUAUAUUUAGCUGUGCUUGGUAAGGCAAGCAUCCCUGUUGCUUGCUAUUACUUUUAAAUCAUUUUUUUUACCAUAAAAUCAUCAAAAUCAUCAUUAUAUAACCUUGAUAUCUUUAUUAUAUUUACUGAAUAAGGUGAAUUUAUCUGAAGUAGCACAGGUAUAUUUGUAGCAAUAGCCAAAAAUAAACUAGUCAACAUUUGAAGUGGAUCAAAACCUUUAAUAAAAGUUGUCUUAAACGCUGC